AAAAUACUUACAGAGAAAAUCAAGCGAUUUGGAGGAACUGUGAGUAGUCACUUUGAUCGAAGUACGACCCACGUGGUUUUUCGUCGCGAGGUAGAUUAUCAAAGUGGUAUGGAUUCCUUGAAAUCGACAACAGUAGGAGACACAGUAGUCCUCGUGUCCAUUGACUGGCUCUCCGAUUGCAUUGGUGAAAGGAAACUUGUUCCAACAGCUCAAUUCCAGCUACGUAGUAUGCAGUUCGCGCGGGUUGCAAGGGAGAGAGUCCCGCGAGUUUUUAGAAACGCCGAAAAGCAGGGAAAGACGGGAAAGCAUGGACGGGGAAAGAAUGAGAACCAAUGGAAAUUCGAAAGGAACCCUUGGCAUUUCAAAAUGGCGGAGGUCAUUGCGUUUUUUACAUCAAUCGCUUAUCCGUUUGUAAUCCAAUAUUUUUCGGCCCCCUUUUAUGGUAAUAAUGAAGUUCAACGCCGGUAUCAUCUCUUUCAUCAACCUCAACAUAACUAAUUUCAUGUUGUUUUGACAGAUUAAGUCCGGCCAGGUGGAAAAGUGUGACAGUGCUUCUGACUCCAUCAAUUCGGACCCAGCAGAAACUUUCAGCCCUGUGCAUGCGAAAAGUACUCCUAGGAGGAUUAGGUUUCCUGUCAGCGGCACAUCUAAGUUUUUAGGAGCGAGACUUGCGGUUGGAAAAGUGGGCAAAGAUGUGUUUUUGAGAAGGACCCUCGCUUACGGUACCACAUACGGCAUUGGGGUAUUCUGCUUAACGGAGGAAGGAGAGCAACAAAUUGGCUGGGUACCUGAGAACAACCACACGGUUUUGGAUGUCGUUCUACAGACAUAUUGUUUCCCAAGCUUUCGAGCCAAAAUUGACACUGCAACUUCAAAAACAAUUGCAGAUAAAUUCACCAAGAUCACUAUUUACUUAAUAUGUGAAUUACAGUAG